GAAAAAACCACUUUUCAGUUGAUGCGAGGGAUAGACAGUGCGGGUGUGUAUCUGUUGGCUUCCAUCCACACCCAUUCCUUUCAUUCUUCUCUCUUGUAUCUGUUGGCUUUCUGCUCUCUCUCUUGUCUCAUUCCUUUCAUUCUUCUCUCUCUCUCUUGUGUCAUUCCUUUCAUUCUUCUCCCUCUCUUGUAUCUGUUGGCUUCCAUCCAAACCCAUUCCUUUCAUUCUUCUCUCUCUCUUUCUCUCUUGUCUCAUUCCUUUCUUUAUCUUCACACCACAAAACAAACAAAAGGCCCCAACCAAAUGCAUGCCUUUAUUCCUUCUCUAACUCAGCGGCUACGCCUUCCUUUCCUCUAUUUAUCCUUCUCCCUUCAGACAAACACCAGUUGUUGUUAUUCUUCUUUCUGAAACAACACCAGCAACAUGGCUUCUUCUUCUUCCUCAUCCUCAGUUGAAGGAGGAGAAGGAGAAUACUCAUCACUCGAGUACACUCCAACAUGGGUGGUCGCAGGGGUUUGCUCCCUCAUCGUCCUCAUUUCCCUCUGCAUGGAGCGUUUCCUUCAUCACCUCGGCAAGGUUUUGAAACGGAAGAACCAGGAGGCACUCUUCGAGGCUUUACAAAAGCUUAAAGAAGAAUUGAUGCUUCUGGGUUUCAUUUCGCUUCUGUUGACCGUAUUCCAAGGCCUUAUCAGUAAAAUUUGCAUCCCAGCAACUCUCUUUAAUCACAUGCUCCCUUGUAAGAGGAGGACGGGACAAGAAGGCGUCCACCAUUAUCAACAAAAGAACAACUCUCUCUCUGAGGGCCUCAUGGCCCGACGGCAUCUCUUGUCUGAGGCUGCCAAUUCUGAACAGUGCACAAAACAAGGCAAAGUGGUGCUGCUGUCUAUAGAGGCAUUACAUCAUUUACACAUUUUCAUUUUCGUGCUGGCUCUCGUUCAUGUGAUCUUUAGUGCCACUACCAUGAUUCUGGGAGGGGCAAAGGUGCAACGAUGGAAACAAUGGGAGGAUAUAAUCAGGCAAGUAAAGCCUGCACCAGAGGAGGUUCUGGAAAAAAGGAAUGUCAGGCAUGCUCACCACCAUCAAGAGUUUAUCCAGGAGCAUGCCAGGGGUUUCUGGUCAAAAUCAGUCAUCUUUAGUUGGUUGAUAUCUUUCUUUAAACAAUUUUAUGCCUCGGUUAGCAAAUCAGAUUACAUGGCAUUACGGUCAGGGUUUAUAAUGACUCAUUGGCCGGCAAACCCAAAUUUUGACUUUCACAAGUACAUGAUACGGGUUCUCGAAGCCGAUUUUAAGAAGGUCGUUGGAAUUAGCUGGUACCUGUGGGCAUUUGUUGUUAUCUUCCUAUUGCUUAACAUUGAUGGAUGGCACACAUAUUUCUGGAUAUCAUUUCUACCAUUGAUUCUUCUACUUGCUGUAGGUACAAAGUUAGAGCACAUCAUUACUCGAUUAGCUCAAGAAGUUGAAGAAAAGUGGAAACCAGGUCUAGAGGAAUUGGUGGUCAAGCCAUCUGACGAGCACUUCUGGUUUGACAGACCAAAUGCCGUACUUUACCUGAUUCAUUUCAUCUUAUUUCAGAACUCAUUUGAGAUCGCAUUUUUCUUCUGGAUAUGGAGUACUUAUGGCUUUGACUCGUGCAUUAUGGAAAAAGUGGGCUACAUUGUCCCUAGACUAAUAUUUGGGGUUAUCAUUCAAGUGCUCUGUAGUUACAGCACUCUCCCACUCUAUGCUUUGGUCACUCAGAUGGGUAGCACAUUCAAGAGUGCCAUAUUCCAUGAACACAUGCAACUGGGCUUGCUGGGUUGGGCUGAGAAUGCCAAGAAGAAGAGAACAAGAGGCUCUCAUGGCUUGUUUUCUUUAUUGAAAGGCAAAAAGAAGGAAGAUUUGAGAGAGAAGCAGACGGAGAAUAUGACAAUCAAUACUGCUCACCAUGUCGAGCACCAAGCCACCUCAGAUGGCAUCGCAGAAGCCUCACAGUUGAUGUAUAGCAUGGAGAUGGAGAACCGCACUUCAUGAAGGAUCAUGUGAUGUUUUCUCCAGGCCUCUCCUUAAUUAUGCAAAAAAGUUAAUACAUUUCGUACAGCACCGUUAAUAUUUAUAAGCCAUUAAAUUGUUUUCUCCAGGCCUCUCCUUAAUUAUGCAAAAAAGUUGUUUUCUCCAGGCCUCUCCUCAAUUAUGCAAAAAAGUUAAACACAUUUU